CUACAUCGGGCAGUAGAACAGAGUUCCUGGCGGUGGACGAGCUGGGAGCCGCCACUGAAAUCAAAUAUGGCCGCACCGGCGGCUGGUUCGUGUCCACCAAGAAGGCGAUAUUUCUGGGACUGCUCGUCAUCUUGGCCCUGGCGCUAGUGGGCAUCUUAGUCCACUACAUGACAACUUGCAAAGGGAUGAAAUCGGGUAAAGACAUUGGUGCAGAAAAUGAACCGUCAGUAGCUAUACCACAUGAAACACCAAAUACGAGUGAGAACACGAGCAUACCAAUAGCUGAAUUGCUUCUGCCAAAAGCCAUCACGCCGUCGUAUUACCGACUGAGACUCGAUCCGUACUUAGACGACCCAGCAUCAGAUGGCAGUAACUUCACUUACAAGGGGCACGUGUCCAUAACAAUCCACUGUCACAAUGCCACGAACAGUGUGUCAUUCCAUGCAAAGGGCUUGGAAAUCGGAGAAAAUAUCAACGUUACGUUGUCCAAUGAGACCAACACAAAGACCACGGUGACCAGCGUUUUGUCAUCAAGUACAGCGACAACAGCGCCAACAUUCACAGCGGUAUACAGCAACACUACCUCAGACGCAGCUAAUACCACAUCUGGACCAACUAGCGCCUCCGCGGCAGCGGCCCGUACUACGACUCCAACUGCUGGGCCCAGACAUAAGCGCGAAGUUUCCUUCAGAAGGCAUCAGAGACGACGUCACGUGACUUCGACGACCACAACACCGGUUCCGCACACGACUUUGCCCCUGGGCACGCCGCCCCGCGUAACAGGACGCGUCCACGAGCAGAGGAAGGAAAUGUACACGUUAAGCUUGGAGCCCGCACUGGAGGCGGGGCAGACAUAUAUAUUGGAUAUAAGUUUCAGGGGACUGCUCAAAGAUUCCUUGUAUGGCUUCUACCGCAGCAGCUAUAAAGCCGAAAAUGGUACCAAAAUAUGGAUGGCUGCCACGCAGUUCGAACCGACGCAUGCCAGGGAAGCUUUCCCGUGUUUCGACGAGCCUGCCAUGAAGGCCCGUUUCGAACUCAGCAUUUCCCGUCCAGCCGACAUGGUCACUCUGUCCAACAUGCCUAUCAGGGCUAACGAAUCCAUCGCCGGCCGCAGUGACCGCGUGUGGGAUCAUUAUGAGGUUUCGCCUAAUAUGUCGACGUAUCUUCUAGCAAUCGUCAUAGCCAACCCAGAUUUUAUUCCGAUAAAAGAUACUGGUUAUCUUGACACCAACUCGCAGAAUGCGAGCUCUCCAGAGUUCAGGGUAUACGCCAGAAAGCGGCUGAUAGAUAGCGCGAAGUACGCCAUGUCUGUUGGACCGAGGAUCCUCAAGUUCUAUGGCGAUUUUUUCUCGAUACAUUAUCCGCUUCCAAAAAUGGACUUAGCGGCCAUACCUGACUUCGGAAGUGGAGCCAUGGAGAACUGGGGAUUGGUAACUUACAGGGAAAGCAAUCUGCUGUACGACCCGGCCAGCUCCCCCAUGUCCGACAAGGAUAAGGUGGUCAUUAUCGUGGCCCAUGAACUGGCGCACCAGUGGUUCGGCAACCUGGUCACCAUGAAGUGGUGGAGCGACCUUUGGCUUAAUGAGGGAUUCGCCACAUAUAUGCAGUAUGUGGGCUCAAACCACGUUGAGCCGAGUUGGGAGAUGCAGGACAAGUUCCUGGUAUACGAGCAACAACCUGCCAUGGCCUUGGACUCCCUGAGAUCUACACAUCCCGUGUCGAGCAAGGUUCAAAAUCCAAGCCAGAUCUCAGAAGUUUUCGACGCUAUUUCAUAUAGCAAAGGUGCAUCACUUAUACGAAUGCUGAACAACAGUUUGACGGAAGAUGUCCUACGGAAAGGAUUAACACGUUACCUAAAUAAAUGGAAGUACAGAAAUGCUGAAGAAGGCGACCUGUGGGAAGCUCUUACGGAAGAGAUUCGCGAGAAGGCCGCUUCCUCCUUACCGCCCAACGUGACGGUGAAGCAAGUGAUGGACACUUGGACACUGCAAGGAGGUUACCCGGUACUCACCGUCACACGGGACUACAGCGCAGGCUCGGCCGUUCUUUCUCAGGUUCGUUUCACCCUGGAUAAUUCCUCAGCCGACACACUGUGGUACAUCCCAGUCAGCUAUGUUACGCAAGAGGAGAUGAACAAUGCUGCCAACUCUGACAGGAGAACUUUACCAAGAAUAUGGCUUAAACAGGACGACAAUAAGAACUGGGUGCUAUUUAACAUCGAUGCUACAGGCUACUACCGUGUUAACUAUGACACCCAAAACUGGAGGCUUCUGGCGUCGUAUCUGCUCAGCUCUCCGCCACAGGAUAUGCUGUCCGCCAGCACUAGAGCCCAGCUACUUGAUGACGCCCUCAACCUCGCCCGGGCCGGAGUUCUUGAUUACGAUGUUGCCCUCAACAUGACCCGUUACCUCGCCACCAGAGAGAACCACUACGUGCCGUGGAAGGCCGUGUUUGACAACAUGAGGUUCCUGAACACCAUGUUGAGGCAGACGCCGGCGUACGGCCUUUUCCAGGACUACAUGCUCAAGGCCCUGGCGACACUGAAGAACAACAUGGGGUUUGAACCCACACCCAACGAAACCCAGCCACAGACCCUACUACGUCCCAAUGUCCUCGCAUGGCUAAGCAGGAUGGGUGACCCCGCUGUGGUCACUUGGGCGAAGGAUCUCUUUCAACAGUGGACCAAUUCAUCUAGUCCAGACACGGAAAAUCCAAUCCGCGUUGAUGUAAGGCGCGUAGUGUACUGCACCGCUGUAAGGUCUGGAGGCCGCGCUGAAUGGAAUUUCCUACUCCAGCGCUACCUGGCGGCUGAGGACAGACCUUCCGAAGCGGAAGUGCUUCUCUCAAGUCUAGUGUGCACGCAUCAGGAAUGGCUUCUCAUCACGUUGCUGGAGAAAAGUCUCGAGACUGGUGGAGACAUACGGCUCCAGGACGCAAUCAUUGUCUGGGAUGAGAUAUCAUCCAAUGCCGUCGGCUCCAGGGUGGCAUUCAACUACAUCAGGAACAACUGGAGUACCAUCUACGACAAAUUUGGUAAAGACGAGUUCCUGAUGGCCGACAUCCUUCACGGAUCAAUAUCCGGACUCACAACAGAGCGCGACAGUAAAGACGCCAAAGAGUUUUACGAGACAAACAAAGGGAAAUUUAGUUUCGCUGAACUUAAGAUGGAACAGGAACUGGAAGAACUGACACUACGUGUAGACUGGCAUCACAAGAACUACAACACAGUUGCAUCCUGGCUCCAGAAAUACCACGACCAGUAACAAGGGCACAAUGAACAAGUCUGGUUUAUAUGCCUUAUAUUCGACUUCAAUUCAUGUGACCCUGCCAGACACCGGACAUUUUUACGUCGGUGUAAAUUUCCCAAAUAAAUUACUUCGUAUGAAGAAUGGUAAGUCCUAAAACUCUACACACAAAUGCUGUACAACGACUUAAAAGAAUUUUGCUCUGAAGCAAAUAUAUAACUAAGAAGUGGAUGUGAUCCUGCCGUCUUCUAUUUCAUGUUAGCUUACAUUUCGACCCUGAAGAUGGAAGCUAUAUAUUCCUCCGAAACGUUGGUUUCUCUUCUAUAUAUACUGUAUUGCAGCCCAAAAGACCAUACGCUUAAAGUUAUGGCAAAUUUACUUUUCAUGUUAGUGUUUUAAAAGUAGUUCCGUGUUUGUGACCCGGCACGGUAUGGUUAUAGUUCUACUUAAAGCCCUGUGCAAAGGUCAACGUCCGAUACAGGAUAUAAGCGCGUGGGAAAAUGUAUAUAU